AUGAUCAGCAAAGUGGCAUUACUGUCUAUAUUUUUGUUGCUAUGGUUACGUUGGUUUACUGCAACGUUGCCUGGUUACAUACAUCCAGAUGAGUUUUUUCAAAAUCCCGAGGUUACAAGUGCAAAGAUUUUCAACAUUCAUACAUUGACACCUUGGGAAUAUCAACCACAACACGCAUCUCGAUCCAUUAUUUCACCGUUCUUGACAACAGGCAUCCCAUUCUACAUCUUGAAAGCUUGGUUACCUAAAGAUACACUGCCUUCCUCGGUAACACUGUUUAUGACAGAGCGCUUGGGUGCUUUUGUUUGGUCACUGGUUAUAGAUUUAUGCGUCUACAGAAUUUGUAAGCGCAUUGGUUCCAAGCCAAAGAUCCCCAUGCUGUUGAUUGCCACAAGCCAAGUGACAUUAGCAUACAAUACUCGACCCUUUUCUAAUUCAUUUGAAAGCGUAUUGCUUUGCUUAUGCUUGUACACCUAUGUCAAUUAUGCGCACAGGGCAAAUGCUAAGUUAGCCUUUUUUCUGGGAGCCCUGUUCAGUGUAGGCGUAUUUACCAGAAUCACGUUUCCUCUUUACGCCCUUCCUAUCGGUAUUGCCUUUAUCUAUCAAGCAUAUAAGCAAAGCCACAGUUUUAAUCAAUUCACGGCUUUUGUAUUUCCAUUAAUUUUGGGCAUUGCUUCUUUUGCCGUAUUCGCCAUUGCAGCAGAUUCUGUAUACUAUGGCACAUUAUCAUUUACUGUAGAUAGUCGGCCAUUUAGAGAUGUAGGACAUGUUGUUUCUACGCUAUUUGACCCUACAACAUUAGCCACCGUUCGUGCAGAUGGCGAUAUUGUCAUUACGCCGCUCAAUAACCUUUUAUACAACAUGAAAGUGGAUAACUUGGCUCAGCAUGGUCUUCAUCCUCGUUAUACACACUUUGCUGUUAAUUUACCCCUCUUGUUUGGUCCUUUGGCUAUAUUUGGCUUUUUGUACAUUCCAAAUGUCAUUGCCCAGGUGCAAAAUAACGAUCAUACACAUCUCCUCUAUGUUCUCAUUAGCGUUGUCUUCUCUGGCUUAAUUGGUCUCUCGACUAUUCCCCACCAAGAGGCUAGAUUCUUGGCGCCAUUGCUUGUUCCUUUAGUCUUGAUUUACACUUGGAAACAAGUCAAGCUGCCGGCUUCCUUUUGGGUUAUUUGGUUGCUUUUCAAUGUAAUUACUACCUACAUCUUUGCUGUUGUUCACCAAGGCGGUAUUGUGCCAACCAUGAGGUUCCUCCAACGUCAAACCACUGGUAUUCAUGAUUGCCAUGUACUUGAAAAUGGUGAUUUGACUUGCACUGUAGGUCCCAACAAUGUUACUGAUACCAACGGUUUUAAUGUCACCACAAACCUCGUCUUUUACAAAACCUACAUGCCUCCUAGACACUUGCUAGUAGACUCAAAGGACAACCAACAUGCACAUGUCAACAUUCUUGAUUUCUCAAGCCGUUUAGAUGAAGCAGUUGCCGAGUUGGAAAAGAGUUCAGGCGUUGUACUUCGUAGACAUCAGCCUGGAAAAGCAGAGAUUGAUUUUGCAAAGACAAACACUUCCAAUUCAUUUGAAAGGACCAUCUUCAUUUCGCCAAGCUUCAUCCCUUUGCCCAAAGUAGAGAAUCAUCGUUAUCUAAUGAUGGCAUCUUACAGCCCGCAUGUUGGGUUUGACGACAUGGAUAAAAUGAUGGAGCGAGCCUCAGAAAUGAACUCGCCAGAGAGUCAAAUGAGCCUGAAUGUAUUCUUGCUUUUGUCUGAACAAGAUGAUCCUAAAUAA